UCUGACUGAUUCUGACUAUUUCUGACUAGUCCGGACUCGUACGGGAUGGCAAUUAAUAACAACUCCGGGUUGCGUAGUUCCGACGAUCUGGGAAAAGACGGAAACGUCCGAUGCAUCGGUUUUAUUCGAUGUAUCGAAUAGCAAAGAUCGAUGUUUCCGAUAUAUCGAUGUACGUUUUACAUCUCUAAAACUCUAAUCUGAAAUUAAAUUUUUAUAAUAUCGAUCUCUUCUACCUAUUAACAAUGUACACAAAAAAAGUUUUCCCGAUUUUACGAAGCAUAUUGACACAAGACUUCCAUUUGGCACAUUUAAAAUUUUUGCCUGGUUUCGCAACAACAAAUGAUGCUCAGCACAUGCCCUCCAUCCGCUUGCCACCGCCGGGACAGCGAACCUCAAUAUGCAUUUCACAAAUACGAUGUUAUGCAAAAAGCAAAGAUAAAAAAAAGGAGAAAGGUAAAAAAAUCCCCAAAGUUGAAAUCAAUGAAAGCCAACUCCGUGAAGUGCUAAACUUCGAUGCGGUAAAUGGACAAAUGCAAAAGGCGGUGCAGCAAAUGAAGGAAGAUUUUAUAAAACAUUUGUCAUUACGUUCUACUUCUGGAGCUAUAGAAACUUUGCGUGUUCACAUUGAUGGGUCUGAACACGAAUUGCAAGAAAUCCAGCUGAGCAACUGGUGGCGGGUGGUAUGUAUACAUUGA